AUGGAGCAGUAUCAGACCGGCUGCAACACCUCUGACCUACAGUCUGAGGCAGAGCAGGAGUGUGGGCCACCAGUUAAGAGGCAAAGGAGGCCAGUGAACGGCAGUCCCUCCUCAACUCCCUCCACCCCCUGCACCAGCCCUCAACAUGCAGCCUUCUUCCAGCCUGGCCUACAGACCAACAUGGCGAGGGGGAAGAAUGGCCGAUACCAUUCCCUGCUCUGCUAUAUUUCAUGUCUGUCAACAGCGGCAGAGUUCCAAAUACUCAGCCUGCUGGAAACGAUAAAGAACCAGAACGACCAGCUUACGGCUAAGGUGAACCUACUCACCAGUAGGAUGAACAGCACCCCGGGGCCAGAUGUGGAGAUGCCGGACAGCAUCCAGUUUCCCCUGGAACAAUUGGAGGCAGUGGAGGCAUUUGAACAGUUUUUAAAAGAACCGUCAAAUGGCCCAGCUCGACAGAGAGUGAUUUCUUCUUUGGCCAACAUUGGAGGCCAGGAUGUGAAGCGGGUGACCUGGAACAUCCUGGGCAGGCUGUUCACUGAUGAGGUCUCCCAUCAGAUCAGUUGGAAGGGUGUCCACAACAAAAAGCCUUUUAGCAGGAUGGCAACAAAGACCUUGCUUUUCAGUGCUGUGAGGAAAAACGUGGUGACACGGUCAGCCACGGACGCGGAGGUCACCAAACACGCCAUCAGGUGGUUCAACCUGGCGGCGGAUCGGGCGGCGAGGAGACGUGUCCCUCCUCCAUCCACUCCUCCACCCGAAUAACAAUUAAACAAUCAUUUGAUUGAACUUCUUGUC